UAUAUAACAAAUAAUUUGAGCUGUAUUAAUAGUGAUGAAGUGGGCUUACAAAGAUGAUAACCCUUUUGAAGCACGAAGGCUCGAGGGGGAAAAAAUCCGACGAAAAUAUCCAGACAGAGUUCCAGUAAUUGUUGAGCGGGCACCUAAAGCAAAACUCGAAGAACUGGACAAAAAGAAGUACCUAGUGCCCUCCGACCUGACAGUGGGACAGUUUUACUAUCUGAUAAGGAAACGGAUCCACCUGAAAAGUGACGAAGCUUUGUUUUUCUUUGUAAAUAAUGUUAUACCUCCUACUUCCGCGACUAUGGGAGCACUUUAUCAGGAACACCACGAGGACGAUAACUUUAUUUACAUCGCAUACAGCGACGAAAGUGUAUACGGAACACAAUAGAUGAAACCUGCACCAUUAUCCUGAAAUACCGACUUUACACAAUGAUACUUGACAAUGUAUUCUCCUUUUCAAUACUGCCUCAGCUAAAUUAGCUGGUAUGUAACAUGCGCCUCAGCCCUCUAUCUGAUAUCACGUGAUCGCUCUUUUCCUUGUUUAUAUGUUUGAUUCAGACUGAGUGUUUACCCAAACUUCCCGUAAUUUUUCAAGAGAGAAAUACACAGUUUUUAAAAGUUGUCCGCGGAUUCGACAACUGAUACCUCGAUGACUAAUUAAAAUUAAGGUUUUAGUAAUUUUAGCAGUAAUAUGAAAAUAUUUUUAUUGGCCACCCCCUGGUCAGGUUCAAUUAAUUUUUUAUUGCCUCCUAGGAAGACAAAAAACGAUGUAUGUAUUUGUUAGAUUCACUACGCUGACUAUCUUUUCUUUUUUUCAGAUCUUUCGUAUAAAGAUUUCGUAUAAUUGCAUGACGAUUUCACAUUUUAAAUUAACAAGCUAAGUGAGCAUAAUAAUAAUAUAACCUUGGGUUAAGUUGGCUAAAACAGAUUUUUUGUUUUUGGCGAUAGAGCAUGAUUGGGGUUAUGUAUGUUGUUUGUAUUAAAAAUUAUGAUCCCUGUAGUUAAAGUAUACGAAAAGUAAACUUUCUUAUUAUUUCUUUAAUGUCAGAACUUUGCCGUAUUGAGUUCAUGUCAGUUCAAGGGUAAUAUUUUAAAAUGAUAACUGUUUAUCUGGCUUUUUAUCGACCAGUUGUAAAUCUCGUCAGACGUUGUUGUUGUAUGAUAGUUUUGAUUAAUUUUCUGUUUAAUUCAUUGAUCCUUUAA